AUGGACAUACUCGAUCCUCUUCCAUUGACCAAGUCUGGAAAUAAGUAUCUGUUGGUCAUUGUAGACUGUUUUACUAAGUGGGUAGAGGCUUUUCCCUUAAGAAAUAUGAGAGCAAGGAUAGUAGCUGAGACUUUUGUUAAUCAGUUUAUUUCUAGAUAUGGAGUCCCCUCGGAAGUUCAUACGGAUCAAGGAAGAAAUUUUGAAUCGAGACUUUUUGCAGAAAUGAUGGGACUUCUCAGAAUUAAAAAAACCAGGACUACCGCGUUGCAUUUGCAGUCUGAUGGGCAGAUUGAGAGACAACACCAGACGAUUACAAACUACUUAGCCAAAAUCAACAAAAUUCAAAGAGAUUGGGAUAAGUGGAUUCCCUUAUUCCUUUUGGCUUACAAAUCUUCAAAACAUGAGACCACGGGCGUAACUCCUGCGGAGAUGUAUUGUGCCCGGAAUCUUAAGUUGCCUUUAGAUUUAUUACAAGGCAGUCCUCCGGGACUUUGGGAGGAGAGCCCUAAGUCAGAGGGCGAUUUUAUCAAAAGACUGAGGGAAAAGUUGGAGGGGAUUCGGUAG